GGGCGAAAAUAUUUGUCAUCAAAAUUUUUAUUAGUUAUUAUUUUUUUGGAAAUUUUCUGUUUUUGUUUAAUUUAAAUUAAAAAUGGGUACUCAAAUGAUGCCAUGGCUUGCAGGAUUGGAUGAAGAUAAAAAACAAAGGUUGCAAAGUGCAUUUGCAAAAUCUCACAUGGAUAAUAUGGCAUCUCUUCCACCUUUUGCUGCUACACCGAUUACACAAUUAACAUCAAUUAUUUGCACAAUGGGUCCCGCUACAGCUGAUAUUGCAAAAUUAAUGAAAAUGUUUGAUGAAGGUAUGCGGAUUGCUCGAUUUAACUUUUCACAUGGAUCAUAUGAAUCACAUGAAAAAAUGUUGGCUACUGUACGAGAAGCAGUUAGCGAAUAUAGUCGUCAAAUUGGUCGAAUAUUUCCACUUGCAAUUGCACUUGACACGAAAGGUCCUGAAAUUCGUACUGGAAGUACUUCGGAUCCUUCUGGUAAAUUUUUUGUAAACGCUGGAGAUAACAUAAAAGUAACAACCGAUGAAGCGUUUAAAACUCAAUGCAGCCCGACUACCUUGUAUGUUGAUUAUAAAAAUAUUGUAAAAGUUGUAAAGAAAGGAGAUUUAGUUUACAUUGAUGAUGGUUUAAUUUCUUUAAAAGUGUUGGAUAUUGGUGAUGAUUAUUUACAAUGUGUUGUAAUUAAUUCUGGUCUAAUUGGAUCCACUAAAGGAUGUAAUCUACCUGGUGUCCCCGUUGAUUUACCAACGUUAUCACCUAAAGAUAAAAAUGAUAUACUUUGGGGUGUUGAGCAUGACGUUGAUAUGAUUUUUGCAUCAUUUAUCCGAUCAGGCGAAAGUGUCAAAGAAAUUAGACAAUUAUUAGGAGAAAAGGGUAAAGGUAUUUUAAUAAUUCCAAAAAUUGAAAAUCAUCAAGGCGUUUUGGAUAUUGAUAGUAUCAUUGACGAAUCUGAUGGAAUAAUGAUUGCCCGAGGUGAUUUAGGUAUUGAAAUACCGCCACCAAAAGUAGCUGUUGUUCAAAAACAAAUAAUUGGAAAAUGUAAUAAGAAAGGUAAACCUGUUAUUUGUGCAACACAAAUGUUAGACUCUAUGAUAUCGAAACCACGACCAACUAGAGCUGAAAUAACAGAUUGUGCUAAUGCGGUAUUAGAUGGUGCUGAUUGUACAAUGCUUAGCGGUGAAACUGCUAAUGGAGAUUAUCCAAUAGAAUGUGUCGCAAUGAUGUCGAAUAUAGAUAGAGAAGCUGAAGAAAUGCGUUAUUCAAAACAAUAUUUUCAAGAAUUAUGUGAUAAGACUUCACCACCAAUUGAUCCUGCUCAUGCUGUAGCAAUUGCUGCUGUAUUAACUUCAUUAAAGGUUGCAGCUUCAGCUAUUGUUGUAAUUACAACAUCGGGUCGUUCAGCAAAAUUACUAUCACAAUAUCGUCCACGAUGUCCUAUAUUAGCAAUAACACGAUUUUCGCAAAUUGCAAGGCAGUUACAGCUAUGGGGUUGUGUUGAACCUGUUCAAUAUAUUACAACACCAUUAGCCGAUUGGCAAAAAGAUGUCGAUGCUAGAAUACAAUUUGGCAUAACAGUUGGCAAAAGAAUGAAAUUUAUUAAACCUGGUGAUGCACUUGUAGUUGUAAGUGGAUGGAGACAAGGUGCUGGAUUUACAAACACGUUACGUGUACUUUAUGCAUCUGCUCAAGAUUGUACACCGAAUCCCUAAAAUAAUUUUUGUUCCAUAUUGUAUUUUGU